GCGACAGCCACGCAGCCCGGUUUAUUGUUUGUGGAGUCCCGUGGAUCCUGAGCGGUUCACGGACCGCAGAGAGGGCAGGUGGGCGCGUCAUGAUUCUGUGCCGAGCGGCGACAAGGGAGCCGACCGCUUUGAUCUCCCCCGGGUCACCUGUGUCGGUGAAGUUCACACGGGGCGCCCGGGUUGACGCCGAACCUCUUUCUCCAGCCUGAGGAGUUCUUCCGUCCGUCGGCCGCGCAGGGCUGCUCUCGCGGCUCCCUGCCCGCGUGGGGAAGGAUGCUCAGGACGGGAGCAGGAUUGCAGGAGGGGAUGCUGGGCACGCACCAAAGCGUCGGCGUGCCUUGGUUUUGUUCUCUGAGUCCUGACAAACGUUCCUGAAACGAACACCCUGCUGCGUUUUUAAACUUAUGCCAAACCAAGGGCCACAGUGUGGCUAGGAUUAUUCUUGUUUGUUUUGUUUCCUAACUCCUCAUUUUCCUUUUCUUUGUAACUGGGUGACCUAGAAGCAGUCUUCCUGCGUAAUGCCGUGCCUGACUCUCAACAUUGUCUGAAUAAGUGGGAAGGAGCAGGUUCCUUGGAAGGACAUGGAACGAUAGUGAAACCGAGCUUCUUUUUUUUUUUUUUUUUUUUUUUUGCUGGGCUGUGCUUUGUCUCUAGUCGAUGGUGGUGUGAAAGAAGAUGAAAAAGGAAGGCUCUUUCAGACUCAAGUCAAAUUCAGGGUCUCUCUCACGUGCUGUGAGUUGGAUCAAUUUCUCCUCCUUGUCCAGGCAGACAAAGAGGCUGUUUCGCAGUGAUGGAGAGCUCUCGGUUUGUGGGCAGCAGGUGGAAGCAGAUGAUGAAAACUGGAAUUACAGAACCCAGCCCAGAAAAGCGGUUUCCAACCUCGAUGAGGAGAGUCGAUGGACAGUCCACUACACUGCUCCAUGGCAUCAGCAGGAGAAUGUGUUCCUUCCCACCACAAGACCACCGUGUGUAGAGGACCUGCACCGCCAAGCCAAGCUCAACCUCAAAUCAGUAUUGAGGGAAUGUGACAAACUGAGGCGGGAUGGCUACCGAAGUUCUCAGUACUACUCCCAGGGACCCACCUUUGCAGCCAAUGCCAGCCCACUCUGUGAUGAUUAUCAGGAUGAAGAUGAAGAAACAGAUCAAAAGUGUUCUAUUUCUUCAUCAGAAGAAGAAAGACUUAUUUCCAUCAGGAGACCUAAAACGCCAACCUCAAGUGACUUCUCUGACCUUAAUACUCAAACAAAUUGGACCAAGUCACUUCCCUUGCCAACACCAGAAGAGAAGAUGCGACAGCAAGCCCAGACGGUCCAGGCUGAUGUGGUUCCCAUUAACAUAACUGGGGAGAAUUUCGAUCGCCAGGCCAGCCUUCGGCGGUCUCUAAUUUACACAGACACUCUGGUAAGACGACCGAAGAAAGUCAAAAGGAGAAAGACUAUUACAGGAAUCCCUGACAACAUACAGAAGGAGCUAGCAUCAGGCACGGGCCAAGAUGAUGUUGGGGGUCACUCAGUAUACACCCCAGACCACUACUCUACACUAGGAAGGCUUGAUAGCUCUCGGUCUGCGGGGCAACGCUCAGAAACCAGGGACUCCAGCUGUCAGACUGAGGAAGUGAAAGUUGUACCACCUUCCAUGAGAAGAAUCAGGGCACAGAAGGGGCAAGGCAUUGCUGCCCAGAUGAGCCACUUCUCAGGCUCCUCUGGGAACAUGUCUGUGUUGAGCGAUUCUGCGGGCAUUGUAUUCCCUUCCCGCCUCAACAGUGAUGCUGGUUUCCACAGUCUCCCACGUUCUGGGGCGAGGGCGAGUGUUCAGUCCCUGGAGCCACGGCUGGGUGCCCUGGGCCCCACAGAAGACCUGGAUGGCCCUUACGCCUACCACUGCGAUCACCCACAAGUAGAUGAAAACUUAGGACAUUUAGGAGGAGCCUCAAGGACUGGAAUGCUUUUGAGGCCCAAGUCCCAGGAGCUGAGGCCUUUUGAGAAUGUAAUCAGCCCAGCAUGUGUGGUCUCUCCUCACGCCACCUACUCCACCAGCAUCAUCCCAAAUGCCACACUCUCUUCCUCCUCGGAGAUGAUUAUUAUUCACACUGCUCAGAGUUCAGGACAGCUGGACAGCAAAAUUACCAGCUCCUCCUCGUACACAAAGAUAAAAUCCAGAGACCACCUCCUCUCCAGGCAUGCUAGUAAAGAGGACCAUCAGCCUCCCAGUGGGAACUGGACAGAGGGUCACCCCAGCAUUCUUUCACAGGCCUUAGAUCCCCAUUCCCCCGGUGCAACCACGCUGUUGUCGCUCUGUGACUCAGCGGUCUCUCUUAAUAUGCCAGCACAUCAGGAGAAUGGAUCCCAAGCCAUGAGCUGUAACUAUAAAAACCACCUGAGCUCUCCAGCCCAUGCCCAGGACGUGGAUGGCAAGAGUGAGUCCAGUUACUCAGGAGGUACGGGGCCCGGCAGCUCCGAGCCCUGGGAAUAUAGUGCCUCUGGUAACGGGCAGGCAUCCCCAUUGAAGGCACAUGGGGCAACUGGCUACUCCACUCCCGGGAGUAACGUGAGCAGCUGCAGUUUGGACCAGACAUCCACCAAAGAUGAUGCCAGGUCCCUGUAUUCAGAGGAGCACGAUGGCUACUACACGUCUAUGCAGCCUGACCCGGGACGCAGAUCUGGAAACCAGAACGGUAGUGAUGGCUUUGGGAACCCCAGGCACAGUGUGGUCAACGUGUUUGAUGGGAGAGCUCAGAAAAACCAAGGGGACCGGUCACAUUUCCGUGACAAGUCUCUCUCGCGGAAUAUCUCUCUGAAAAAAGCGAAGAAGCCGCCUCUGCCACCUUCGAGGACGGACUCCCUGCGCAGGAUUCCCAAGAAAGGCGUCCAGUCAAACGGGCAGGCGCUGAACGAGAGCCUGAUCGCCUCCCUCCAGCACUCGCUGCAGCUGAACCUCCCGGGCAAGGGCGGCAGCUCGCCCUCGCAGAGCCCCUGCAGUGACUUCGAAGAGCCUUGGCUGCCUCGCUCCCGCAGCCAGAGCACGGUGAGCGGGGGCAGCAGCAUGACCUCGGCCACCACCCCCAAUGUCUACUCCCUGUGCGGGGCCACGCCGUCGCAGAGCGACACGAGCAGCGUCAAGUCGGAGUACACGGACCCUUGGGGUUACUACAUUGACUACACCGGCAUGCAGGAAGACCCCGGGCACGCUGGCGGGGGCUGCUCGGCCGGCAGCGGGGCGCCGGCCGGGAACGGGCCAGUCCACCAUGUCCACGAGGGAGCCAGGACCGUGAUGCCCCAAGUGCCUGGUGGCUCCGUCAAACCAAAGAUCACAUCGCCGGAGAAAUCCCACAGGGUCACUUCUCCGUCCAGUGGGUAUUCCAGCCAGUCCAACACACCCACAGCACUCACCCCCGUGCCUGUGUUUUUAAAGUCAGCGUCACCAGCAAACGGGAAGGGGAAGACCAAGCCCAAGGUGCCAGAAAGGAAGUCCUCUCUGAUAUCUUCAGUCUCCAUCUCCUCCUCGUCCACGUCUCUGUCUUCCAACACUUCCACGGAAGGGGGCGGGACCAUGAAGAAGCUGGAUUCGGUGCUGGCGUCUCCCCCUGCCGCUGCCCCUCUUCCUUCUCCUCCCUCACCAUGUCCUGCGGACCAGUCUCCUUUCCUUCCUCCUCCCCCGCCUUUAGCGGAUUCCCCCAACGGCUCUCUGCCUCAGUCUCCCCUCUUCCCCCCUCCGCCGCCAGAAGUUCUCACUCCCUUCUCUCCCCCCACCAGCGCGUGCUUUCCUCCUCCUCACAGGGCACUUAGCCCCCUUACUCUGGGUGCCCCUGCUUCCCUGCCACCUGCCCCCGCUUCCGGACCCUCCUCAGUUCCCCCGCCUGCCCCACCCCUUGACCCCAAAUGGAUGAAAGAUGCCAGGCCUUCUUUGAAAAAAUCUGGCCAGCCAGAAUGCUCCCGGGAGGCCUUCCGGCAGCCUCCUAACAAGGAGGAGGGCGGCAGACCCCCCAUGCCCCUGAUAACCACUGAAGCGUUGCAGAUGGUACAGUUGAGGCCCGUGAAAAAGAACUCAGGAACCGAGCAAGCACUGUUAGAUGAACAAGUAUCUCAGGAAAAACUAACUCCGGUUGUUCCCCAGUAUCAUUUAAAGCCAUCUGCUUUCAUGAAAUCCCGAAAUAGCAUAAAUGAAAUGGAGAGUGAAAGCCAGCCUGCCUCUGUGACAAGCUCGCCGCCGACUCCUGCCAAGAGCUUGAGUCAGGGUCACCAGGACAGUGCAGCCGAGCGUGGCCUCCCGAGCCGCAGCCCGGGCAGCGCCGGGGAGUCAGAGCCUGGGCCAGACCCCAGGGCCGCCCCGCUGCAGGAGCCCCCCGGCCCUUCACCCAGCAGGAAGCCGCCCCCCAUUUCUAAGAAGCCCAAACUGUUCCUCGUGGUGCCGCCUCCGCAGAGAGAUUUCAGAGCGGAGCCCGCGGAGAACGUGAGCGGAGCAUCACCCAUUCCCACGAGGGGAGAGGCAACAGAGAGUUGUAGAGCCAGGGCUGGUGCUGAGGAGACGGGCUCUGGCAGCUUGGUUCUCGAGGGAGGAGCCGCAGGAUCCGCGUCCCCGGAUAGAGUGAAAGCCAAUGUCCCCAUGGUGCAGCCCGAUGUCUCGCCAGCCCCCACGCGGGAGGAGCCAGGUGCCGAGAACGGUGCAGACGGUGGAGGCAGCGUGGAGAGCUGCCUGUCGCUCCAGGACGGAGGGCCUGGGGUGCCAGAGCCUGACACAGCUGGUUCUUCCUCUGAAGCCAGUGACUUCCUUAGGGAAGAAGGGAGUGAUGAGGUGAUGACCCCCAGUAGACCCCGGACCACAGAAGACCUUUUUGCAGCUAUUCACAGAUCCAAGAGGAAAGUCCUCGGCCGUAAAGAUUCAGAUGACGAUCACUCCCGGAACCAUUCUCCUUCCCCUCCAGUGACACCCACCGGUGCUGCCCCCAGCCUGGCAUCCCCAAAACAAGUGGGGUCAAUUCAGAGAAGCGUCCGUAAAAGCAGCACCAGCAGUGACAACUUCAAAGCUCUGCUGCUAAAAAAGGGGAGUCGCUCAGACACCAGUGCCCGCAUGUCUGCAGCCGAGAUGCUAAAGAACACAGACCCUAGAUUCCAGAGGUCAAGGUCAGAGCCUUCGCCAGACACCCCCGAGAGCCCAUCCAGCUGCUCCCCAAGCAAGAACAGAAGGGCCCAGGAGGAGUGGGCCAAGAAUGAAGGCUUGAUGCCUCGGAGUCUGUCCUUUUCCGGCCCCCGGUACGGCCGCAGUCGGACCCCACCUUCUGCCGCCAGCAGCAGGUUCAGCGUGCGGAACCGGAUCCAGAGCAGCCCCAUGACCGUUAUCUCGGAAGGCGAAGGGGAGGCCCUGGAGCCGGUAGACAACAGGGCUCGUUGGGCCCUGGACACGGCAAGGGGGUGUUCCCUGGAUGGACUGGAAGGGGGUGAAACGGACCGGGGCAGCCUGCUCUGUGGUGGGGAGCCCGCCGCCUCCCUGCAGGUGCAGGGUCCCAGCCCCACAGAUGGGCCAGUCCGCGCCGAGGGCACAGAUCCAGCAGAACAGAGUGGAGGUCCUCUGCGGGAAGAGAGCUAGGGACGAGAGUCUGAUUCUCCCAGGUAAUGCGAGGGAGGCGUGCAACAUGCGGCUCUAGGAAAGCCCGGCACACAGGUACCCUUCCCUGCCUGGCCUGCAGAUCCCACUCAGCAUUCGCUCUGUUCCUGCCCUGGGCCCCAGCGCGCGGAAGGAGAGCAUCACAUAGGACUCACUUGGCACUUGGCCCUGUGGCUUAAAAGCAAGUAGAAGCUUAACUUCUUAAAGUGCUUCCUGGGGAAGACUUUUUUUUUUUUUUUUCCCCAAAAUGCUGGGUGUAUGUGUGGAGG